AGUCCAUCUCACAGUUCACAUUCUCCCGUCCCACCUCUCCUCUCCUAGCUCUUCCCUCCUUGCACCACAGAUAGUAGGGCUACGUGUUAGUGGUGGAGGAAGCAACACCAGGAAUUAAUACCACAGCAAUACCUUUCAUUUGCUUCUUCAACUACAUAUAGUCGUCACGUGAUGGCGGCCAUGAAGUCACUGAUGGUGGUGGUGGUGGUGAUGGUGGUAGCGGUAAAGGUAGUUGUGGCCUCUCCCGCUUCCUUAGCUGAUUCUGCAAGCCACCGCGAUGAAAAAUUCCUCAACCUGGAGUUCUUACCCUUCCUGUCGCUGCGAGUGGACCCCAUCCCUUGCAAUGCCAAAAGCGACAAUUCCUCAGGGACUUGCGCUUCGGCCGGGGAUUGCAGGAAGAACGGCGGGAAAGCUGACGGGAGCUGCUUCAGUGGUUUUGGCGUCUGCUGUGUGUACCAAAUGAAGUGCGGUGAGACUAUUCGCGCCAACAACUCGUACUUAGUGAACGAUGACUACCCCAGCACACUCAUGGACAUUGACAACUGUCAGUACACCAUCCAGAAGGUAAGUGAGAAUGUGUGUCAACUGCGUCUGGACUUCGAGAAGCUGGAACUGGCUGGUCCUGACGACACGAGCACCUGCAGCAUCGAUACUUUCACCUUUGUGGGCACCGCUGGGGCAAACCCGACUGUCAUAUGCGGCGACAACACAGGCCAGCACAUGUACCUUGACAUGGGCAGCGGGAACGGAGCGGCGCGCAUCAACAUUGCCACCACCAGCACCAAUGCCAGCCGUACCUGGAGGAUCAAGGUCACUCAGUUCCCCUGCGACUCAGCGAGCAGAGCUCCUCCAAACUGCCUCCAAUACUACACAGACUACUCUGGAACCAUCAAUUCCUUCAACUACCAGAAUGAGGACGGUCGUCACCAGCUGGCUUCUCAGUCCUACACAGUCUGCAUCAGGACCAGGGAAGGUUUCUGUGGCAUCAAGUACAUGGCUGAACACUUUUCCCUCACUGAAGAUGCUGCAAAUCCUCAGGAGAAGAAGGGAGACAAUGACUGUAAGGAAGACUUCAUUCUGGUGCCAAGACUGGAUAGGGAUGGCAAAGUCACGGAGCCUGACAGAUACUGUGGUAGCAAACUGGAGGACAUCACUUCGUACUCCAAGCCCUUCGAGUUGCGGUUCAUUACUAACUCCGAGGAGACCAGCAACGAGAAGAACAACAGAGGUUUCUCCAUUAGGUACACACAGGUACCCUGCUGAACGCCACGUUCCACUGACCUGCUCCUCUCAUUUGUGGAUUGUUGCUUCACCUUUCAACCAAAGAUUCAAUCAAGGUUAUUCAACCUCCUUGGGUUCAGUUGAUCAAACCUCCUCGGGUUCAGUUGAUCAAACCUCCUCGCAUUCCACUCUGCUCAUUGAAAUUCAUUACCUGCAGCGGAGGACUCUUUCAUUACCUGUCUUAUUUCAUUUUUUUUUUUUAUUAUUAUUUUGUAAACAUGUGAUAAGAAAAUCAAAUGCGACAAUCAUUUAAUUCAAUAAUCUACUGAAUUAUUUAACUAUUUUUUUCUUGUUUUAGAAUCAUUAAUUUUUUUGUACAUAUGACGAGAUUCAAACUCAGUGUUAUUAUUAUCAUUAUCAUUACUACUAUCCUUGUUGUUUUGUUGUUGUUGUUGUUGUUGUUGUCGCUGCUAUGUACUCACUUGUUAUUAAUGUUCACACACACACACACACACACACACACA